AUGAUGCGGACCUGGCUGGUGUUAGCAGUGUUUAUUGCGUGGGGGACGUCCUACUCGAGUGCGUCUUCAGCCACAGUCGUUGUUACUAACGGCGUCGUCAACAACGACGGAUCAGGCAACUCGGAUGAGGCCAGCGGGGAAACGGAGGAUGCAUCCCAUUUCAAUAACACGAACUCAGAAAAGGGAGAAAGUGGAAGCGCCGGAUCCAGCAGUGGUUCAAGGUCACGUCGACUUAUAUCCAAGGACGAAGACGAUCAGUGGCCAAAGGGCAUCGUCCCGUACAUCUUCAUGGACGACCUAGGCGACGACGCCCGCUAUGAAAUCUCCAUUACCCACAAGCGGAUCGAGAAGUACACCUGCAUCCGGUUUGUACCGUGGGUCAAGAACGUCACCAUGGCAACGUAUGACCUAUCACACGAGGGUCAUCUGAACUACGUCAAUGACCCCGGCUGCUGGUCAAAUAUCGGGUUCGGGCCCAGCGAGGGUGGCAGAAACAUCGCUUGCUGCUCCAGGCACUACUGCACGCACGAGGUGGGCCACGCUCUUGGAUUUCCUCACGAGCACAUCAGCCCAAAGCGAGUUGGAUAUGUCCGUCCCAAUUUCCAAAACGUUGAUUCGUCAAACUGGGGAAUAUACAUAAAGAAAAGUCCGAGCAAAUAUGAAGACCUGAGAUUCGACAUGACCAGCCACAUGCAUUAUGACGAUACAGGUUUCUCCAAGAAUGGCUGGUACACGCAGACAGUGUUGUUCCGAGACCUGCAGCCUAUGCUGCAGAACAGGGGCAACGUCUACUACUCCUGGCACACCCUGGCCCACGCCUACAGCUGCACGGAGGAGAAGUGUCCAAGUGGGGCAGCUGUGACGUGCGUCAACGACGGCUUCGUCUCCUACAUCGACAACAGCACGUGCGCCUGUAUCUGCCCACCAGGCCUGGAUCCAGCCACGGGCUGCUCUGACGUCAUAAAACAGGUGCCCGCUCCCACUAAAUGGCCUGUAGGGACGUACGCCAUGCCGUCAGCUACUGACGGAUGUCCCGGUGACGUAUUCCUGGACGGCUUUGUACAACACACCAGUGAUGGGGGCAGCACACAGAGCGACAUCGUGCACGUCAAGGGGGAGUUCACACCCAGCAGCUACACGUACCACUUCUGUGUGAAGGACAGUUCCACCAGUGAUGACGCUGACACAGCAGAAUGGGGACCCGGUAGAUACUGCAUACUCAAGAAAGGAGAUUGUCCUACUGGUUUUGAAAGCGGAUACGUCAAAUACGACAACCUUGCGGGAACCGCAACAAACGCAUCUGGAUCCCUACCCGACGGCGUUUACGAUGCAGACACUCGAUUCGAUUUCUGUUGCCGUGACGACGGCUUCCCUAUUGUCCCGCUCAAGCUCCCCAACACGGAACCCUUCAUCUUGUUCCUUCACAAUGGAGAAGCCGAGACCUGUCAAGAAGUUGAUGGGAUGUUGGCCUUUCCUGAGUUCCUGAACUUUGACGAUGACAACGAAGGCCAGGCAGCCUAUAGCCCUAGCUUGCUGGCAAAGAAGUUUAUUUACUGCUACUAUGUGCCUGCUGUAAAAGAUUGUGGUGGCCUGUAUGCCUUGACUAAAGAGAAUCCCACACAGACAAUCACAUCCCCUGGCUAUCCCAGCUUGUACCCAAACAACCUCGACUGUUUCUGGAUUUUUACGGCGCCAGAGGACUCAACUAUUUUGCUGAAUUUUGAUGACUUCGACAUCGCUACUUCAUCAACAUCGGAAUGUGAGGAUGAGCUCCGUGUUAGAUCUGUACUGCUCGGGGAAAACCCCUUCACAUACUGUGGGGAGUCCCUGCACCGCACUAUCCGGACUGUGAGGAACACGCUGUCUCUCAAUCUGCGGACAACACCCGAGGGUCAGAGGAAGGGCUUCCAGGCCCGAGUCAGUCUGGUCACCCCCGAAAACCACUGCUACAAGAUGGAUGACAAUGGCGUCACGUACAACGGGAAUGUCUCGUUCACGCGAGAUCGCAAGAUCUGUCUUCCUUGGCGUGAAACUACCACGUGUCCUCAUCACCUGUUUAAUCCAAGUGACUUCGAUGCCAAUUUGGAAGAGAACUAUUGCCGUAACCCUGACAACACGUUCCGGCCGUGGUGCUACACGGGAGUGUACGAGGGGCAGUGCGACAGGGACUACUGUGAUGUGUGCCAGCUGGAGAACAAGUUCGACAACUACCCUGACUGUGCGGAACUGAAGGAAGCAGGCUUCUGUGAGGAUCUGACGAAGGCGAGGGCCGGCUGUGCCAGAACGUGUGACACGCCCAAUGUACCUGUAACCCAAGUGACGACGUGCUCCGCACCCGACGUUGUUGCUGAUGCUGACCCCGUGACGACGCUGAGCUCCAGCUACGACCUCGGGGAUACCGUCCAGUUCCAAUGUAAAUCUGGUACGGACACCCUGACCAGGACAUGUUUGACAGACGGGACGUGGUCCCCCGGAGGAUAUGUGUGUGGAAGUUGUCCCAGUGGCUGGUCUGGCUACAACGGCGACUGUUUCGUGUACGUCAAUGUGGAGAAGAACUAUGCUGAUGCCGAGUCCCACUGUCAGGCGCUGGGAGCUAUAGUUGCCCCGACCAAGGACAUGGGGGAACUAGAAUUUGUAUCGGCCUUUCGUGAAAAGGGGCAAUACAUUUGGAUUGGUGGUACAGACAUUGACACUGAAGGGACGUUCACAUGGUCUGAUGGUACCCCCUUUAACUGGACAAACUGGGGCAAUGAUCAACCCAACAACUACGCCAACCAGGACUGUAUAGAAUCCUAUGAUGAGACUAACCAGUAUCAGUGGAAUGACCAAGACUGUACAUUUGAGCUUACGUUUGUCUGUAGAAGGUCAAAGGAAGACAAUCGUUCAAUCUGUGUGGACCGGAGACAGGACUGUGAGAAAAUCCUGGAAGCUUCGCCUAAAGCUUGUGUGGAGUAUGAACAGUUUGCAGAGGAACAGUGCCCUCUAACGUGCGGAGUUUGUGAAGAAAGCACCUCACCACCACUCACCUGUCUGGCAGCCGCAGCCACGACUAACGUCAUCCUGGAGACGGCUACUGACCAGGUGUCACGUGGCCAGGUGGUCCAGUACAGGUGUAUGGAUGGUCAUAUACGAGAGAGUGGUCAUCCAGACAGGGCGUGUCUUGCUAGUGGUCAGUUGAGUGGGGAAGACCAUGUGUGUGAAGCUUUUGCAGCGUCAGUAACCCCCAUCAACAACGUGGACCUCGUUGCCCGGUUAAAAUAUGGUGAUAUGUACUGGGCUUACCUCGGCGACAAUGACCACAUGAGGAUCACCAGAGAAGGAGAGAUCACGCACUGGCAAUAUUAUGCGACAACAGCAGGAAAGGCAAUGCUCCAGGUGUGGCGGCCAAGAAGCGACGCUGGAGAAAGGAUGUUUGAGUUCAUUGGUCAGAACCUGCUGGACACCAACACAACUGGACGUAUGGAGGUCCUGAACGUCCCCGUCAGCGACCGCAUCCCUGUUAAACCCGGCGAUGUGAUUGGCAUCCACUACUUUAACCCUCUGAUAGGUAUAACCUACACUGAAUGCAAUAACGAACUGACGCCGGAGGCAGCCAACAUGUCGUGGAUCGAGACGAGAAUUACAGACAUGGACUACCUCACUCCCGGCCAACUCUACACGCAGGCAGACCAGAACAGGUGCUACAUCAUGUCCUUCAGAGCCCGGGUUGGCCCUGUGGUCACGUGUGAUGUUCCUCCUGCCUCAUCUAACGCCAUUUUGGAGACCACGAUCAACCCUGUCGGGUUUAAUACAAUAGUCAGGUAUGCUUGCAAAGAUGGCUUUGACCAACUGAGCGGUGACGAGCAGAGGAAGUGCCUUGUGAGUGGUCAACUGGACGGCGAGGAACUCAUCUGUGCAGAUACAUCAGUAACGCCCAGUAACAACGUGGACCUGAUAGCGCGUCCGACCGACGGUAUUCAGUACAGGAGCUACGUGGGCGACAACGACCUGAUGAGAAUCAACAGAGAUGGCGAGGUUGUGCAGUGGCAGUUCUUCUCGUCGAGACCAGGGAGAGCACUCCUGCAGGUCUGGAGACCACGAUCUGAUGCCGGAAGUCGAAAAUUCGAGUUCAAAGGCCACAACCUGGUGGACAGUAAGGUGACCGGCCAGGUGGACACAUUCAACGUCCCUGAGUAUGAGCGUAUCCAGGUGAAGACUGGAGACCUGAUCGGUAUCUACUACUAUGACCCUCUCCCAGGGAUAGCCUUCACUGUGUGCAGUUCAAGCCAGCACCCCGAGGCUUCACAGAUGUCCUGGAUUAACACCAAAGUGAAGAAGCCCUCCUACUUUGUAAGUGGGGAGAUAUACGACCAGGCGGACAGGAACAAGUGCUACAUCAUGUCCUUCAGAGCAAUGGUUGGACCGGAAAGGAAAUACAAGCUGUACCCUACCAACUGGCUUCCACUGAUAAGUCGUGGGAAGGUAGGUUCCAAGAAGCAUGUGUAUUCCGGCAUCGACGCCAACUUCCGUAUCCAGCAUGAUGGCGAGAUCAUCCAGUGGAAGUUCUUCUCCAAAUUCGUGGGAGACAUCGCGCUGCAAGUGUGGCGGGAAGUGGGGACAAAUCAGUUCAGUCUUGUUGGGCAGAACAUAGUGAAGACCAUCGACAACGCGGUACAGGUGGUCAACGUCAGCGCCAGCGACCGCAUCAGCGUGGAGGCUGGUCAGCUGAUAGGGUUGCACUACGGCAAGAACAGGGGCGGCCUAUGUUACAACAACUGCAAGGCCAACAAGAACCCAGAGGCUAUGGACGUCAGCUGGAUGGAACCCGCUAUACCCAAUUCUGAGGAUAUCACACCAGACAUGGUGUUCACCUUCCAAAGGAGGGGUUGUAAAAUUUUCUCCCUCACUGCCUUCAUCAAACCAGUGGAGUGAUCUGACGAUGCUUCCGACUGACUAUCAGGAAAGUUUCAAGAAUAAACAAAUCUUAAA